AUGUAUUCAUCUAUGUCGACGUUUGAGUUCUUUGUCUGCAGAGCAGCAAUGGGUAGUGAUAGUGAGCGUUCACUUGGCGCUGCACCUCGAAGCGCUGCGUCGAAGAUGAAACUGCGACGAAAUCAGGGAAGAAGGUUGAGGUCAGUCUGCUUUCUGACAGCCUCCUUUCCCAUUAGCUAUCCUCACCAGGUGCUUGCUGCUUUGACACCGUCAAGCGACCAGCAUCAUGCCUCGCCGGUGAGUUCAGCAGCACAGCAUCAACGUAAAUCCACCGCAGCACAGUCGGCCCUGCUGUUGCGGCGACACAACUACUACCAGUACCGCGCAAAGGAUGGCAAAAAUAAUCGGCACGAUCCUCAGCAGGAGCAGGAGGACCCGCACCGUACUAAAAAUACCAAGUUUGUUGAGUCGGGUGCCAGCGAGACGGCGAGCCUCCAGCACAGUAAACAAGCUGCAGCAGGACAACUACGAGACAACACCAAACCAAUUGCGAUUGGGAAGAUGAAAGAGAAGCAAGGAGGAAGUGACACCAGCUCCAGCACCAGCUCCACUACGAAAUUAUCGGGAAACCCUUCUGCAGCUGAUGUGGUGCUAGCGAAGCUCCGCCGGGAAAAGCCGUAUUUGGUGUUCGACGACCGGGAGCACAAACUUCCCUCGCCGUUUGCCAGCUGGAGUGUUUUCCAGCAAAUUUCUGCCGCGGUGGGCAGCGAUUUUCUGCACGGGGUUCAGCUCUUGAUUGGAGGUCCUCAAAGGACUAGUACGAAAUUGUCGGGGGAGCAGCGAACAGAAAGCGCACAUGAUGAUGCACCGACUGCCAGCAAUCGUCCACCGGUCGCGGACGACACGACGCAUGCUAGGACGGCGAGUACAAGUUCGCUGCAGUCGGCUGCAACCCCAGAAGUUUCUUUUCUCAAGAUUACGGACAGCAUCUGUUUGUCCAGGACGGCGUUCGUGCAAAUGGUUAUGUCUUGGACGGUCGUUAACAUACAGAAGGGUGAAUUUGCAGUGAAUUUGUAUUGCGUGGCAUGAUGCAUGAAUUAGAGGGCAUAUGAAGAGCGCGAGAAGGACGCCAGGCAGUCAGCGUUCCGUGUAAGUAGUUGAAAGGCUGUCACUUGGAUGGUGACGCUCACUGUCAGAGCCUAAAGUAGAGACGCACGUCUUUGCAGCUGCCUGGUGCGUUGCCAAGAAGUAAAGGCGGCCUCUGGCGGUCUCACAAUACAACACUGCCUCUGCGGAGUUCAUAGUGGGUCGAGAGGGAGGGGGCCGAAGCCUCAACAGGAGAGGGGCACUGGGUGAGCAUCUAAGUGGGUAGCUCUCACGGGUUCCGGCUGGCUCGGCUUGGAUGUCUGGAGACAUGUUGCAAUGGAUGCUAGCAUCGCCUGCUUGUUUGCUCUGUAGCUUGCUUCUUCCCAGCUGUGUUCCUGCCUCAUCUUGUUCGGGUCCUCGAGUCUUCUUCGACGUGAUUCCCAGGUCAGGAAUUCUCCUGGUGAAUUUUGGGACUUUUCCUUUUUUUGAAACUUUUCUGGAGCUCCAAAACCCGGAGUUUCCCAUGCGCUAGCGCAUUUUGAACAUGAGCCGGAGGCCAAAAUUCACCGCCGCCCUUUUCAAAAUUCACCCCAAAAUUCACCGGGCGCCCCUUUUCGACCGUGAUAAGCAAACUUUAGCGCAGAAAAGUGCUCAAGGAAGUCCGCAAAUAGGCCCUGGGAAGUGGGGCCGAGGGGAAAAGGCAAGCGCCCUCUGCUGCCCCCCUCAGCCCCUUUAUAUUCUGCCGAAAAGGCCGGGAGAGCUCACGCGCCUGCCGGAUAGACGCGUCAGAGCUCUUGGCCUGGUCCUUUUGCCCUUGCUUUCGCGCCUUCUUGCCUGAUUGCAUGUGCUUCGCAGCACUGUCUUUUUGGCGUCUUUGCCGCGGCUGCUGCAGUGCUCUUAUACGAGCACAGGGAGACGAAUAGACAUGGCCAAAGAACGGCACCCAGGCCAUGUCUAGAAGUUGCCCGCCGCAUAAGCCUUGACUUUUGCGGUGUGCAGAACCCACUUCCCAGAAGGCCAAGAGGGACAAUGUCCCGGCGGACUCAUCUGCAAUUUGUCAUGCAAAAUUCACUACAAAUUCACCACUUCUCAUGCUAACGGGUGUUAAAGCUCUAGGCAAAUUCAUGCGUCUUUUCUCAAGAUUACGGACAGCAUCUGUUUGUCCAGGACGGCGCUCGUGCAAAUGGUUGGUGGGUUGUGCAGCUUGUUGAUCCUUGGGCUGGCGUGGCACUUCUUCGGUAGCGGUGCGGAAAAAGCAGGAGCUUCUGCUGCAACGGUAGAAGCCGUACUGGAUCUGUUUCCUUCAUGGCUCAUAUCUUUUCACAUGAUCUUCUUUUUCACAUACUAAGUAAUUUCAAUUCCUUCAAAUGUUGAGUACAAAAUUUCGGCUGCAAGCUCUUUGCUCUGGUCUGCCUUUCUGGAGGAGAAAAUUGAAAAGAAAAAACGAAAAUGGAAACGCAAAACGUCAUCAGUCCCGUCGCCACCGGCACCAUCCGGUGGGCUCCCUGACCGCCCGCGCGGAGGGCGAGCAGACCGCUCCGCUUUUGGGGCCGCAGGUUGUGGUCGAAGAGGAACCUACACUGGAAGAGAAGAUCACCAAGUCGGAGAUCGCGAAAAUUUACCGUAACAGCCCCCCGCGUUCGUUCAGCAGCAGUCCGCUCUCGCAGCUUCGAGCAGACGCGGCCGAGCAGGCAAAGACGGUGCUCUUUCAGCUGGACGACGAGGAGGAUGCGAUAACAGUAUGCGUUGCAACAGCAUCGAUAUCGUAUUCGUACAAACUGCAGUACAGUAUGAGAGAUUUGGUUUCCAAGCUCAUGCACCAUCACAAAUACAGAUUCGCUUUUUCCAUUCGAAAAAAUUAUAGAAAAAUGCAAUUCCCACUCCUCCGAUACGACUACGUUGCAAUGCAUAGACGAGAAGUUUGAACGCGGGGCGUGCCAGUGACCAGAUGUUGAAGAACGCGAACAGUCAAGGGGGGAUUAUUAGUACAACUGCAGCAGCAGGAGCCGCAAAGUACUUCGACAUGACGAGGGACGAUUCCAACUCCCCCGCUGGGACUGAAGAUCGGGACCAGAACAUUUCCCCCGCCACCAUGAUGUCCAGCUUGCGUCAGGAGCUGGACGACACGGUAUCGCCGACGUCACCGUCGGGACGAACUGCCGGCGCAACUGCGGCGGCGGCCGCAGGAGCCGCCGCGGGUGCAUCGUCGUCCUCUACUGCGGUCGCAAAUACAACGUCCUCGUCCCCGACGACCGGUGUAGUUGACCGCACGAAAGAGCUCUUUUCCUUGUUCAACGCGAAACUCGCCGCCAGGAACCUCUCCGUGAAAGUGGAAGAGCGGAAGAAGUCGCGACUGGACGGUGGAACAAAUAAGAACAUGUCCUCGGGUGACAUCAAUUAUACGGUGCCCCGUGACCUGAUCGAGCACACGCAAACGGAGGAUUACGAACAGGAGGUGAUGAAACAGGACCACGCGCUGGUCCAGGUGGUGCGCGCAUAUGCAAGAAAAAAACGUUGUUAGUGUAAAUUUGUGAUGCGCAACACUCAAGAUGAUUGCGUGUGUCAGUCAUGCUUGGCAUGCAUCGUAGGGUCCAUUAAAGGGCGUUUUCACGUACUAUCUGCGCAUGACAGGUUUUUGCUGUCAUGCCAGACAAAUUUGCAAUGCUGUUCCUCCAAAAAUAAAAAAGUCACACCUACAAUGUUUUUUUCUUGGAUAGCGCACACUCGCUAAAGAGUACCUCCACCUACGCGGUGAUUAAGUUGGGCGAUGCGUCGCGGCAAUCGCAGGUCGUCUCCGGCACGACGAAGCCGUAUUUUCGCUACACGACCCGAAUUCCGUACGACGGCAAGUCACUGGAGGCGGUGUUUUAUCCGGCGCAAAACUAAUAUCUUUUAUCGUACCCGUGGUACUACUUCUUCAAUUGCAGUUAUGCAUGAGAAAUCUGCUCUCGAAGCUGGGUCAGCAUGGCAAAUUCCAUUUUUCCCUGUUGCUGUUUGUGUUCUGAGAAAAUUUGCAUUGCAAGUUCUACCAAGCACCACUACGAUAGAUCAUACGAUUGCAAUGCAUAUGGUUCAAGUGUACGACACGGGCAGAACAACCAACGACGACGAGAACGAUUUGGACUUCACCGCGGAACUGACCCAGAAACAGCCCGUGCUGCUCGGCGAGUGCCGGUUGAAGGUGCGGAAGCACGCGAAGGGCGGGUGCCUUUUGCAAAAGCAGGACGAAUUGCCGCUCUACCUUCCGAGCGAUGUGGAGAAAGUCGAGAACAGUGAGAACACGACCAGUGGUAGCUUCGCAGAAAAAAUGAAGGAUAUGCCGGUGCAGGGCAAGCUUGCGUUCAAAUGGCAACUGUUUCGUGAGCGAAAAAAGAAGAGAAAAGGCGGCGCUGGCGAAAACGAAGACAUCGAAGGCGAAGGCACGAUGACUCGCGGCGAGAACAGCCGGACUAAUGGUCGCGUCGACGAAGAUGAGGACCAGGGACUAGCUGGAGGAUAAAAAAAGGUGUUACGAAUGACGAAGAACAUCGGGGAACGAAGUAACACGGACUUGAACGAGCGAGCUGGUGCUCUUCAUGCUCAGCAACUCUAAGCACACGAAAUCAAAAGAAAAACAUGUAAUUAUGAUGUAACAACCGCGAGAGCGAGUGCGAUCUGCCCCUCAGUUUGAGACGAGGACUUUGCUAUAUGUAACCUAAACGAAACCCACACUACAUCAACGUAUACUAAUAUUACUUGAUAUAAAUAUGAAAUUAGAAAUAAAACUAUUCUGUAAUAAAUCGCUAUGAUGUAGGAGCAAUCGAAAGCACGCCAGUGGUACGGAUGUAUAUGUAAUUAUUUGUAUGUAGUGAGGUCACGGACAUGAUUUGUCUUUGUUCGUAAUCCUAAUCCUGCUUGUGCCUGUUGUCAACUGCGCAAGUGCAAGUCGAGCGCAUUGUUAGUUCGAACCAGCAGAGACGAAGACUAAGACUAACAUGGAAGGAGUGUGCGUAUAACAAGUACUGUGCGCUUACGCGCGACGACUGUUCAGAAUCAGAUUGACAGGAACGUGCCAGCUUUGUUUUUCUGCAC